GGAUUUCUUAAACGUGAUGACGUACGACUUCCACGGCGAAUGGGAACAUAACACCGGCCACCACAGCGCCCUACAGGGGCCCGACAGUGACCAAUUAACCGUUAAAAAGUCUGCAACAGCCUGGGCACAUCAUGGCGUACCUAAGUCAAAGAUCAUGAUUGGUCUUCCCUUUUGUGGAAAAUCGUUUACUCUCAAAGACAGCAGCCACUCCGGUCUUGGGUCUGCUGUGACUGGUGCCGGAAAGGCUGGUCAGGUUACCAAAGAAGAAGGUACCCUGGCAUAUUUUGAGGUGUGCAAACUGCUACAACAAGGCGCGGUGGGACACAGGCUAGUUGACCAGCACGUGCCAUACCUCGUUGACGGCGACCGCUGGGUGGGGUACGAUGACGAGAAAAGUAUUGAAGAGAAGGUCCAGUUUGUGGUAAACGAAGGUUACGGAGGGAUUUUCGUCUGGGCUUUAGAUCUUGACGAUUUCUCUGGUGUUUGUGGAAAACAGUUUCCACUGAUGAAUAAAAUUAAGGAUACAUUUGCUCACUUGAUCGGAUAAUGCGCCUUUAGUGUCCCGCAUGUCUUGUAAUGGAAUAUAAUAAUACUAAAGAA